AGAAUUAUAAGAGAAUGGCUUUGCUUAACAUACAUUUUAUUGCAAAAUUAAUACUCUACAUAUACUGUGAUGUCAUAUCAUGAUAACCAUUUACUUUACAACCUUGUAUUUCAAGGCAUGUAUGGAACAGCUGACGGUCAGCUGUAGUCGCAAAUACCAAAACAUUCAACAUAACCUCAUCUUUGUUUGUUAUUCCACUGCAAGCACAAAUCCGGAUCUGUGAUUAGUUUUGCAUAAUGUUCGCCUUAAGAGUGAAACUAUUGCGCCCGCUAUUUAGCGGAUGCAGUUACUCCAAGCGCACUUUUAGCCACAGAAACCUAUUGGAGCUGUCUGAUCGCGGCUUCUUUCAAAGCAUUUUCCCAGACACUGCUGCUCCAAAGAUGAAGAAUCUAUUUAAAACUGCGCCCCAGAGCAUAUAUGCCGGAUUCGAUCCAACAGCGGACAGUUUACAUGUUGGAAACUUGCUUGUGAUUAUGGGAUUAUUGCACUGCCAGCGCGCCGGGCACAAACCGAUAGCUUUGGUUGGUGGAGCCACCGGGCUAAUUGGAGAUCCAAGUGGACGUAAAACGGAGCGCAAUCAGCUAGGCGAAUCUGUGAUAGAAACAAACCUGCAAGCCAUCGAGCAGCAGCUGCGAAAGGUGUUCAAAAAUCAUGAGGACUGUCUCUGGGAUACAAAAAAAUACACCUCCAAGCUCGAGCCACUCACAAUUGUCAACAAUGCAGAUUGGUAUGCGAAUCUAAGUCUGAUUGACUUUGUGGCCAACAUGGGAAGACACUUUCGCAUGGGAUCGAUGCUGUCGCGUUCCUCGGUUCAAUCACGUCUGGAAUCAGAGGAUGGCAUGAGCUUUACGGAGUUUACGUAUCAGAUCUUUCAGGCCUACGAUUGGCUGCAUUUGUUGCGCAAACACAACUGCUCAUUUCAAAUGGGCGGCUCCGAUCAAAUGGGCAAUCUGAUGACUGGUCACGAGUUGAUAAGUCGCGUUGAACCCAAGCGCGAGGUCUUUGGAAUGACACUUCCAAUUGUUACCAACGAGGAGGGCGAUAAGUUUGGCAAAUCAGCAGGAAAUGCUGUGUGGUUGGAUGAAAAUAAGACUUCACCGUUUGCAUUGUAUCAAUUCUUUAUGCGAAUGCCAGAUUCCGAAGUGGAGAAACUGCUAAAGUUGUUCACCUUUAUUCCGCUGCCUGAGGUGGAGCAAUUGAUGCGAGAACACUCCAAGGAACCGGAGAAACGCAAGGCUCAAACACUUCUGGCGGAAGAUGUCACUUUGCUUGUACAUGGCGAGAACGGCUUAAAGCAAGCGGAACGAGUUACCAACGCUCUGUACAAGGGAAACGUCGAUGGCCUCGCUGAGUUGAACGUGACGGAGAUUAAGCAAACCUUUCAAGGUGCCACCAUGGUAGACAUACUUCCUGAGCCAGGCAUGUCCAUUCUGGAGUUGGCCAUGAAGGCCAAGUGUUUUCCCACAGAAACCGAUGCCGUACGUAUUAUUAACGCUGGAGGUUUCUACGUUAACCAAAAGAGAGUGCAGAAUAUUGCAGAAGUUAUUACGACUGGCGUCCAUGUCCUACGUAAUGGAGUUUCCCUAUUGCGUGUGGGUAAACGCAACUUUUAUAUUGUUCGCUGGCAAUAG